AUGUAUCGCCCUCUCAUUGCAGCCGCCACGCUCCUCUCGCUCGCCCACGCGCGCAUCACCGGCAUCGCCGUCCCCGACACCAUCAAGCCCGGCGACACCUUCGACGCCAUCAUCCACAGCGAAAACUACAUCCAGAGCGUCUUCGACGUCGCCAUCGUCUUUGGCUACGCCCCCGGCGACGGCUACCCGGAGAGCCUGGGCGUCGUCGCCAACUCCAUCUGCCUCGGCAAGGGCGACUCCAACCAGCUCCACGACUUCAAGAAGAAAGUCACCAUCCCCGCCGACGCGCCCCUCGGCCACGCCAUCGUCAAGGCCAGCCUCACCAGCCUCUACGGCGCCGUCGCCUGGCCCCAGCUGAGCCUGUACAACGUCAGCGUCACGCUCGGCGACCACACGAGCGACAAGUACGUCUCGAGCCGGCCGUAA